ACUCUGCGCACUUAGAUUGUUCGCUCGUGUUUGUGUGCGGAAGACAAGAUGGCAUCCUGUGGAAGCGCGGCGGUGGACCGAGGAUUCGAAAUGAGCCUGGCGGCUUUGAGGCUAAAUGAUCCCCAUAUUAAGGCUAUCGUGGAUGUUGCCAGCCAGGUGGCUCUCUAUACAUUCAGCCAUAACGCCAAUGAGUGGGAGAAGACUGAUGUGGAAGGAACACUGUAUGUGUAUACAAGAUCUUCAUCGCCCCAAUAUGGCUUCACCAUCAUGAACAGUCUGAGCAUGGAGAAUCGGACAGAGCCAAUCACUAAGGAUCUGGAUUUCCAGAUACAGGACCCAUUUCUGCUGUAUCGCAAUGCCCGAUUUUUUAUCUACGGCAUUUGGUUUUAUGACCAAGAAGAGCGCCAGAGAAUUGCCGAUCUCAUAAAACACUUAACUCGGCAUGAACGACUGAAUGCUCAACACGGAGCUGCCUGUGGAGGAUCUCCAAUGACCCUGGACUCAGGGGAAGGUCAGGGGGUGGAUAUACUGCACAUGUUAACCAAAGCCAUGGAUGAAUACAACAAGCAGGCCUCCUCUCCUCAGUGCAUCCCGGCCUCUCUGUCUUCAGGCCGCCUGAUGUCCCCCUUGGUGUUUGCCCAGCCGAGCCGGCAGACCAGGACAAACGGAUCAGCCAACCUCUCCACCAUGGAGCCCUCCAAUCUGCUUUUCCCCACGGUACUCCUAGAGAACCCGGUCUGCACAAACACCCUGAAUAGCCGGAGCAUUGCGCUCACCAGGAGUCAGCUCCAGGAGGCCCUGCUGCAACAUAUCCAGAAUGACGACAAUUUCCUGAAUACCAUUUACGAGGCGUACCUUUCAUCGCAGCGACGGGGGGGUACAGGCAGAAGACAGAUCUAAACAUUUCCCACCCGCGUGUGUGUGUUUGUGACGUUCACAUUCCAUUUGGACAUUUUGCAGUUCCUGGCAGAAAGCUUUGGUAUAACAAGUUUCUCAAUGUGCAAACAAAUCGUAAGGGGUGGGUUACACCCAGCUGUAUAGGCUUUAUGGCAAAAUUAACCGUUGUUAAUACAUUCCUAAAUAUAUAGGAUGAUGAUUGAAGGGCAACUAAACACUUUUGUUAAUAUAAUACAGGAUUUAAAAGCAGGCUGGAUAUCCUGUAUGUGCUUGGAUGCACUAACCAAGGGAAUGAAGUGCAACUAACAUACUGAGGACGAGAACAGUUCUAAUUCGGCAGAGAAUAAAGUAACUGCAGUUGUUUUACAACUGCCAUUUAAAGGAUAAGUAACCCCUAAAAACAAGUGAAUGUAAAAUUGAUGAAGGUGCUAUUCUAAGCACUUUUGUAUUGUACAUUCAUUAUUUUAUUUUUUUUUUAAUACCAAGAUAUUAAGGGAUACAUGUGCUGUUAAUAUGAAUGAAUUUUGUUACAACAGCGCCACCUGCUGGUCAUUUUCCCACCAGUCUGACCAGCAAGUAGUCAAGGAAGUUGUCAGGAGAAAGAAAGAAGCUGCUUUGUUGUAACAAAAUUCAUUCAUAAUAACAGUACAUGUAUCCCUUAAUAUCUUGGAAUUAAAAAAAAUAAAUAAAUAAUGAAUGUACAAAAGUGCUUAGAAUAGACCCCUCAGCAAUUUGACAUUUAAGGGUGAGUCCCAGCUGGGCACUAUCCCCUCUAUGAACCUCCUACACGAAUCCAGUUAAAUCCCUCAGUAUUAAUCUGCACUCUUUUCUCUUGGUGCUUUGACUGCUUUCCUUCCUAUGAUCCUGUCCAAGUAAAGGCCAUGGGAAAGAGAGCAACCUUGCAGCAAAAGGAAUUAAAAAUUGACAUUGGAGCUAAUAGAGAAUGGUCCACUUUGUGCCAUUGUGGACUUACUUUUUAAUACCCUCCUUAUUCCUUCUGCCCCUCAAAAAUAGCAGCCAUGUUUAUAUACAGGUGUGUUCUAGUCAAUCCCCCAACAAUUUGGUGUAACCAUUGUAUAACAUUUUAACCCAUAUUCCUCAAAGCAGUAUCACAGAGGUUUAACAGGGCUGUUUUUAAUUGGGGGAGCUUUUUUAUUGUAAAUGGUUGCAAAGCAGAGUUGUAUAUAUUUUUGCAAGAAAUUGUUUUGAGUUUUCAACACCUUUUGGAUAUAGCGCACUAUUUUUAAAGCUUUUCUGCUGGAAAUGUUUCGGGAAGCUACGAAGGAAGGAUCUCAGGCAAAGAAACCUUGGCUUUCCGGUCCUAUUUUUUUUUUUUUAUUUUGGAAAACAAUAAAAAAAAAGUUCAAAGUUA